UGCAAAGAGUGAAGUAGUUACAGGUUCCGUGGGGCUGGAUUUCUCACAUAGUGUUUUGGGGCUUGCCUUGCACUUGGUAGGUGUCCAUGUUUGCUGGCGCUACAGUGGUUACGGCUAAUAACCGGGGGCGCGGUGGGUACUUCCAUGAUCCUGGAAUGCACCAGUUCUCAGUCAGCGAGUAGAGUGAUUCUCGAGGCUGGGAAUAACAUUAAAUACAGUAUAAUACACAAGCCAUCGAAGCCGUUCCUUGGAAGUAUUGAUCCAUCAGUCCAUGGUCAUGAAGCUAGUAGUCCCUGUCCUCUUUCUGGCCCUCACCUCCUUCUCACUGGCUCUGGAGAAUGGGCUCAUGAAAACGCCCCCAAUGGGAUGGCUUUCAUGGGAGCGAUUUCGUUGUAAUAUUGAUUGCAAGAGGGAUCCCCAUAACUGCAUCAGUGAGAAGCUCUUCAAGGACAUGGCAGACUGCCUGGCAACAGACGGCUGGAGGGAGUUGGGCUAUGUGUACGUGAAUAUAGACGACUGCUGGAUGGCAAAGGAGCGAGAUGCAACAGGACAGCUGGCUGCCGAUCCUGAGAGGUUCCCUAGCGGGAUCAAAGCCUUGGCAGAUUAUGUGCACGCACGGGGCUUGAAACUCGGCAUUUAUGGUGACCUAGGCACCCACACCUGUGCAGGAUAUCCUGGCACCACCUUGGACCGGAUUGAAAAAGAUGCUUCAACGUUUGCCCAGUGGGGAGUGGACAUGCUGAAGCUAGAUGGCUGCUCCUCAUCGGCAGAUGAACAGGCCCAAGGUUAUCCUAGAAUGUCCAAGGCUCUGAAUGCAACAGGCCGUCCCAUUGCCUAUUCCUGUAGCUGGCCAGCCUAUCAAGGGGGACUCCCACCUCAGGUGAACUACACUCUCCUGGCAAACAUGUGUAAUCUCUGGAGAAACUACGGUGACAUCCAAGACUCUUGGGACAGCGUCCUCUCCAUUGUGGAGUGGUUCUCAACCAAUCAGGAUGCCCUGCAGCCAGUGGCUGGCCCUAGCCAGUGGAAUGACCCAGACAUGCUCAUCAUUGGAAAUUUUGGGCUCAGCUAUGAACAGUCCCGAUCCCAGAUGGCCUUAUGGACUGUGAUGGCUGCUCCCCUUUUAAUGUCCAUGGACCUCCGUACUAUUUCUGAAAGUGCACAGGAGAUUCUGCAGAACAAGUUGAUGAUCAAAAUUAACCAAGAUCCCCUGGGAAUCCAAGGCCGCAGAAUCCUUAAGGAGAAAUCUCUCAUAGAGGUGUUCUUGCGGCCGCUUUCCCACUCAGCCAGUGCUCUGGUUUUCUUCAGCCGGAGGACGGACAUGCCAUAUUGGUACACCACGUCGCUUGCCCAGCUCAAUUUUACACAGAAUGCUGUGUAUGAGGCACAGGAUGUUUACACCAGUCAAAUUAUCAGUGGCUUGAAGACUGCUGACAACUUCACAGUGGUCAUCAAUCCCUCCGGAGUAGUCAUGUGGUAUCUCUACCCAACAAUGUUCUUGGACCCAUCGUUCAGCUUUGUAAAGCAGCAGUCUAGAGCCAAGAAAUUCAAUCCCUUUACCCUGUGAUAAUCAUGGUAUUUCUGAUGGUGCCUCAAAAUUGAAAAAACAGACUUGAUUGUGAUUUUAAAUGAUCCAUUGCAUAUCUACCUCCAAGGGCUAUUUGAAAGCUCAGUUCUAUGGCCUUAUUUUGUGGAUUCUCUUGGAAUAAAGGACCACUAAGGCCAUAGUCUUAUACGAGCCUAGGAGUAAGUCCCAUUGAACUCAGUAGGGGUUAAGUAGACAUGCAUCGGAUUGCACUGUUAAAUUUGCAUGGAAUUAUUGCUUGAAUGGUGGGCAGAUACUCCAUAACAGAAGUGUAAACUCAGAUCAUUUUAAACAAUAGAAGGAAAUUAGGAUAUACCCAUAGGACACAAAAAAGUAACUUGACCUGGAUUACCUGUAAUUGGCCUGAAAAUAUCUUUGCUGAUCUAAUAAACUUCAAAUUAACUCUC